AAAAGUAUCACUUGGUAAAAACCAUUUUAAUCCAAAAAUUAGCCAAGUCGAGUGAAAAAGAUGGGACGUCGCCGAGCCAAGAUGCCUAAUUUCACCAUUGGCGACUUUGUGUUCGCCAAGUUGCGCCGCUAUCGCCCCUGGCCAGGCCGCAUCCUCAACCGCAUCGGUGCCACGGCAUAUAGUGUUUACUUCUAUGGAAGCUGCAACUACGCCAAAGUGGCUCGCAAAGAGGUCGUCGACUACGAGAAGAAUCUGCAUCGACUUGGAGUGGUCCAGCAAAAGGGACACGUCUGCAAUCCAAGUUUCCGGGCCUCCAUGCUACAGGCACGCGAGGCAUUCGACAAUCCGGAUAAAGAUUAUGGCUACUACCAGCAGUUGGCUGUGAACAACGGCGAUUGCAUUAACGCCGAGGACCUGGGACUGGAGUACCUGGUUACCGAAGAUCUGGGCAACCUACUGGACGAGCAGGCUGCCACGGAACAGGUGGUGGCGGAGAAGGAUGUCAACGAACAGGUAGCGGUGGAGCAGAAUGUGGAGCUAAAUUCACUGGGGCAGAUCUUUAGCAACCAGGAGCAUGAGAAGGAUUCAGAGGAUUCUGCCUCGAAUUGUCAGCUAGAGGAGAAGGAUCAAUCAAAUUCGGAGGUGGUGAAGGAGCAGGUCUCCGAACGGCAUUACUCGAUGGCUCAGAUAGUUUCUCUGAAAUCGAAGAAACUGAUGGAUACUCCAAUUAACAUGACAUGCCAACGGCGACGCUAGUCAAAAAAAAAAUCAGGAGCUGGAUUCUACAAACUAUGACGAAAUGAUUUGUUUGCACACACAAAAUGUAGCACUUUUUUGUAUUAAGUACUUACGCGUAUUUUCAUUCCUUGACAUGCAAACAAAAUCGUAAUUUGAAUAAAAUGUCAAUCAAAAUGUACUUAAACUUAACAGAACUAAACUCAUUAUAUUGUUACCAAUCAACAUUAUACCUUAUUAUAAACAUUGACUUGUAUUCCUUAAAGUAGAUGAGUCAAAUCAAAGUAAUGAAAAUUUAAGAACUCCCUUUUUAGGACACAACAUGAUUUGACUCAACCAAAACGGAUUUCGGGAAUUGGCGGGCCAUUAAGAAGACGUGGGCGUGCCUCUGGCCAUAAUGGCUGUUGCGUGAUCCUCCACUGCUGACCUCCACACAUCAUCCAGUCAGGCUGGGCGCUAAUCGAAGCUCGACUUUGGGCGCACGUUUCCGCAUUAAAUGCUGCACCAUCAGCAUGGUCAGGUCACCACCCAUCAGCCAUCAUGGCAGCCACCCCCGGGAUGAGUCUCCCCAGAGGCGUUUGCUGGAUAGUUUAGCUAAAUGCCGUCGUAAAAGAACGCCGGCCAUUAAACCAACAAGCCGCGCAGCAGAAUCAACAUCGAAGAUUCCCACCCUACUUUCGGCUGAUUUAAUUGGACAAUGCUGCAACUGGAGGAGGAGGAGCAGGAAGAGCACGCGGAGGAUUACAAGAACUUUCUGGACGAAGUGCAAGCUGCGAUGAGGAUGCUUCGAUUAACAAAUUAUCGCCACCGCAGCAAAUUAAUCGCAGCAGCAGCAGCAGCCUGGCAUCUGUAGAACCAAGCACGGGAAUCCGAAUCUGGGUUAACGAGAGGACGACCGAUGACCGCAAAUCAGAUUCACUAAGCCGGCAAUGAGAUUUCCCGACCGCAUC